AUGACUCAAAUUUACUCAGUGUUUCACUCUAAAGUAUUUUUGCAUGGAUAUAGAUUGUGUUUAUCUGAUGAUAUCGUGUGUAUGUAUAUACAGACGGGAUAUAGGCAUUUAGACACUGCAAAAGUAUAUGGUUCUGAGCCGGCUUUGGGGAAUGCAUUAAGGGAAGCAAUUUUUGAUGGAGUAAUUGAAAGAGAAGACAUUUUUGUAACAUCUAAACUGUGGGAAAGUGAUCACAAUGAUCCUAUUUCUGCACUCAAGCAAUCCCUGCAGAAACUAGGAAUGGAAUAUGAGGAUAUGUAUUUGGUACAUUGGACAGUGAAAUUGAAGCCAACUGGACACGGAAAAGACAUGGUUUGGGAUGGAGAAAUGCCUGGAAAUGGGCUUGUGUCACUGAGCAAACGAGCAGUUCCAUGA